ACACCAUCCUCGCAUGUGCGGAGCGAGCGAAGUUUGUCGUCCCCUUGCAGCGACGACGCGGGUGGUGCUUGGCGAGCAACACAAAGACGGACGUGCGUGUGCCAGAAUGAUUGGAUUUGAUAGGACGGGGCUCCCAGGCGUCUCGUCUCGUCUCGUCCCGUCGGUCGGUCGCCAAUCUGGCGCAAGUCGACGAUCGCGUCGACGGGCAGGAGAGCGACAACUGACUGGCCUUCCUAAACGAGCGCCCGGAUAGGCAGAGGCCCUCGCAUUGGGGCGUUAUAUUCGGACGACGGACCGGAUUUGGCUCUGGCGGCAUGGUGUUUCUUCGACAGAUGAUCGGCGGUUCCUGGCAGGGAGGCGGGGGCCAGCGGAUCGGCAACCGAGCUGAGCGACGCCAUCAAUGUCUUACAGUCUGACCCGACCAAGAGGACAACAAAGUUAGUAGUUGGUGGGCGUCUAUAUUUAUACCAGCGACGCCUUCCUCGUCGACGACCUUCUACUCCCGCCGCUUCCGCAAAGCAACUUUUUGUUUUUGUCUUGUUCUUCUUCUUCUCGUGUCUGUCGUAAGGUUGCCCAGCAUGAAGUUCUCUGCGUCCGUCGUGCUCUCCGCCGCCGCCGCCGCGGUCCUCGCAGCUCCUCUUCCCCAGCCGACGCCUCCCGGCAUCCCCAGUGCGUCCACGGCGAGGACCCUGCUCAACGGCCUCAAGGUCGCCACGCCUGGCAGCGGCGACGGCUACAGUCGUCAAAAGUUCCCUCACUGGGAGACGGUCAACGGCACCUGCAACACGAGAGAGUUUGUCCUCAAGCGGGACGGCACCGACGUCAAGGUCAACGACGCGUGCGCGGCCACAUCGGGCACCUGGAAAAGCCCGUACGACGACGGGACGUGGACGCAGGCAAGCGACGUCGACAUUGACCACAUGGUGCCGCUCAAGAAUGCCUGGAUCUCGGGCGCCUCGGCAUGGACGACGGAGAAGCGCAAGGGCUUCGCCAACGACAUCACGCGGCCGCAGCUCUGGGCCGUGACGGACAACGUCAACCAGGCCAAGAGCGACCAGAGCCCUGACGAGUGGAAGCCGCCCCUGAAGAGCUUCUACUGCACCUACGCCAAGAGCUGGGUCCAGGUCAAGAGCUACUACAAGCUGACCAUCACCGACGCUGAGAAGGGUGCUCUCGCAGGCAUGCUGGACUCGUGCUGAAAUGAGCGGGCUUUUGCUGUACGCACGUUAUUCUGAGACGGUACACCGUUGUCUGCUGGCGGAUGAGUUGGCCGGUCCUCGAUUGACAAGUUGAGUACUUACUUACCUACCU